CCCAUAAAUCAUAUAAUUAUUUCUCAUUUGUAAUUGCCCUUUGUAAAGGGCGCGCACCCACAAGUGCGCGCACCCCUACCACUAGUCUAUGCAAUGUCUGCAGCUCAUCAUUAUAGCAACCACAAUCGUCGUCAUCAUCACCACCACCAUCUCUUGUUCCUUGCCGUGUUAUUAUUACUAGUUGUCAUCCCGGCCAAAUCGGAGAAUUCUGAGGCAGAGAUUCUCUUUCGAUUUAGCAAGUCCUUGCAAAAAAAUGACGCGAUCGCUAAUUGGAAUCCAAACGUAUCGCCUUGCGAUAAAAAUACCGAUAAGCCUAAUUGGGAUAACGUUAUUUGCGAAAAUGGAUUUGUUUUCGGGUUGCAAUUGGAGAAUAAAGGGUUAGGAGGGACAAUCGAUGUGGAUGCUCUUAAAGAUUUGCCUAAUUUCAGGACUAUAAGUGUCAUGAACAAUAAUUUCGAAGGACCAUUACCGAAUUUGAGUAAACUUGCGGGGUUGAAAACGGCUUAUUUCACAAAUAACAAGUUCUCUGGACAAAUUGACAAUAGUGCUUUUGAAGGGAUGCAUUGGUUUAAAAAACUUCAUCUUGCUAACAAUCAAUUUACUGGUAAAAUCCCAUCUGUUUUGGGUCAAUUGCCUAAGCUCACAGAAUUGAGGCUUGAAAACAAUAAAUUUGAAGGUCAAAUACCUGAUUUUGUUCAAGAGAGACUUAUGGAUAUGAAUUUCUCUAACAACUCUCUUGAGGGUCCAAUUCCUCGUGGCCUUACUAGUCUCAAACCUUCAGCAUUUGAAGGUAAUGAUCUUUGUGAUGGGCCAUUGUCGAAAUGCACGAGUGAACCAAAGAUAGCUCUUUGGAAAAUUAUAUUGGUGAUUAUCGCAGUUGCAGCAGCAGUUGCAGCAAUUGUUGUUGUUAUCAUCAUUCUUCGCCAGCGCAAGCAGACUCCUGAAACCGAAACAAGACCAACACCUACACCUUCUGGAGCUGUUGCAGGGGGCGCCACUCACCAGACAAGAGCGCCCUCAGCAGCAACAGCAGAUCUAAACAAGAUGGAACAGGGCAGCCAAGUAAUGGCUGCCUCUGCUCCUGACCGUUCCCCAGAUGGAGCCGGUGGACCAAAUAAUAAUAAGAGGCCUGAAGUACAACAAGCAGUUCAGAAACUUCUAUUCUUAAAAGACGACAUUGAAAAGUUUGAUUUGCCAGAUCUAUUAAAGGCUUCAGCUGAAAUAUUGGGUAGUGGUGUAUUUGGAUCUACUUAUAAAGCUGCACUUAGCAUGGGACGUGUUAUGGUUGUCAAAAGGUUUAGGCAAAUGAAUAAUGUAGGCAAGGAAGAUUUUCAUGAACAUAUGAGAAGGCUAGGGAGGUUGAGUCAUAAAAACUUGCUUCCUGUUGUAGCUUUUUACUAUAGGAAGGAGGAAAAACUUUUGGUCUCAGAGUAUGUCAACAAUGUCAGCCUUGCAGUUCAUCUUCAUGGUAAUAAAUCGCGGAGACAACCAAACCUUGAUUGGCCAACUCGAUUAAAAAUCGUGAAGGGAGUAGCGAAAGGACUAUUGUACCUCUACAACGAGCUACCAAGCUUGACAGCACCCCACGGUCACUUGAAAUCCUCGAACGUACUUCUAAACGAGUGGUAUGAGCCCCUACUCACAGACUACGCGUUACUACCUGUAGUAAAUCUAGAACACGCUCAAGAACACAUGAUUGCUUACAAAUCACCCGAAUUCAAGCAUAGCGGUCGAAUCACUCGUAAAAACGACGUGUGGACGUUCGGAAUAUUAAUCCUCGAGAUCAUAACGGGCAAAUUCCCAUCAAAUUUCUUACAACAAGGCAAAGGAAGUGACACGGAUUUGGCCACCUGGGUACGGUCCGUGGUUAACGAGGACAUGACGGAGGUAGAUGUAUUCGAGAAGGACAUGAGGGGUACGACGAAUUCGGAGGGGGAAAUGAUGAAGUUAUUGAACAUAGCAUUGGGAUGUUGUGAUCUUGAUAUGGAAAAAAGGUUUGAUAUGAAGGAAGCAAUGGAGAGGAUUGAGGAAGUAAAAGAGAGAGAUGGGGAUGAUGAUUUUUAUUCUACAAGAGGAUUAUCUGAUGAUUAUACUCAAGUUUCUAUGAACAUUUGAAAGAGUGUUUGCAUGUAACACUUUUUUAAUUUGUUCAAAAUCAAUCAUGGUAAAUAUGAGAUGGGACUUUUAUUUUGUUUGAUUUGAAUGCAUGGUUGGGGAAGGGGGGGGCGGGGUCGUAUAUAUAUGGUCAAUGAAACCACAAAAUAAAUAAAUAUAUGAAGAAAACAAAAGAGAGAGAAAAAAAAAUGAAGUAAACUAUUUUUUGUUGUUGUGAUUCAAUUGAAGCAAGCGAACAUGUAAAUUGUCCUU